CUGACUGUAGCAGAGCCUCCCUCACACAUACCCCAGAUCCUUUCCAGAGCUUGCAAUUCGUGAGGUUCUGUUUUCACCGAUUUUACAAAAAGUUAGGGUUCGGAUUUGAAAGUCGGAGAUACAAUGUCUGAUUACGAAGGCACCAAGCAUAAUUCUCGUCGAUCAGAACGCGAGAGCUCAUGGACUAGAGAGCGAGAGCGAGACCGCGGUCAAGAUAGAGAAAAAGAUGAUGACCGGUAUACAAGGGAUUACAAGGAUAGAAGUGGAAGAUUUGACAGAGGGAGGAACAAGUUUAAUGGCUAUCGCCGCAAUCGAACUCAAGAUUUCGACAGGCAUCGUGAUUAUGAUCAAGAUAGAGAAAGGAGGCAUAGACAUAGAUCGCGUUCUCGUUCUCAUUCAAGGGAGAGAUCUCCUUCCCAUUCUCGUUCAAAGAGCAAGCGUACAAGUGGUUUUGACAUGGCACCACCUGCUGGGGCCGUGCUGCCUAAUGCUGCUGUUUCAGGACAACUGUCAGGUAUUCCACAAACGAUGCAGGGAGUGGUACAAAAUGUAUUACCUUUUGGGGCAGCGCAUCUGGCUCUUCCCUUGAUGCCAGCCCAAGCGAUGACUCAGCAGGCUACAAGGCAUGCACGUCGGGUAUAUGUUGGUGGGCUUCCCCCCUUGGCAAAUGAGCAGACAAUUGCCACAUUCUUUAGCCAAGUCAUGGCUGCCAUUGGAGGGAAUUCUGUUGGUCCAGUAUCUGAACUUGCAGGUGAUGCGGUGGUAAAUGUCUACAUUAAUCAUGAAAAAAAGUUUGCAUUUGUGGAGAUGAGAACGGUUGAAGAAGCGAGUAAUGCAAUGGCAUUAGAUGGGAUUAUAUUCGAGGGGGUUGCUGUGCGGGUACGAAGGCCAACAGACUAUAAUCCUACCUUAGCGGCAGCACUUGGUCCAAGCCAACCAAGUCCUCUCCUCAACUUAGGUGCUGUUGGGCUCACACAAGGCAGUGCUGUUGGUGGAGCAGAGGGACCCGACCGUAUCUUUGUGGGUGGGCUACCAUACUACUUCACUGAAGCACAGAUUAGAGAGUUGCUACAAUCCUUUGGACCUCUCCGUGGUUUUGACCUUGUGAAGGAUAAAGACACAGGAAACUCUAAAGGAUAUGGAUUCUGUGUUUAUCAGGAUCCAGCUGUGACAGACAUUGCCUGUGGUGCUCUUAACGGCUUAAAAAUGGGUGAUAAAACUUUAACUGUCAGGCGUGCUACUGCUAGCAAUGGGCAGUCUAAAUCAGAACAAGAAAAUAUCUUGGUACAGGCACAACAGCAUAUAGCCAUGCAGAAAAUGGCCUUGCAGGUUGUUGACUUGAAUCUUCUAGGAGGUGGAAUGGCAACCAUGGCAAGUGGUGAAACACCCACUAAAGUCCUAUGCUUGACUGAGGCAAUUACUGCCGAUCAAUUAGGUGAUGAUGAAGAGUAUGUAGAAAUAUUAGAAGACAUGAGGGAUGAAUGCAGCAAAUUUGGAACUCUGGUGAAUGUUGUUAUUCCUCGUCAGGAUCAACAUGGAGAGCAUAUCUCAGGAGUUGGAAAGGUGUUCUUGGAAUAUUCUGAUACUGGGAGUUGUGCCAAUGCAAGGAAUGUCCUCAGUGGCAGAAAAUUUGGAGGCAACAUAGUGAAUGCCUUUUAUUAUCCAGAAGACAAAUACCAUAGCAGGGACUUUAGUGCGUAAGAGUACUAAUGUAAUGUAAAAUAGCUCUACUUUUCGAAAAAAUAACUUUUUCAGAUGUGCAACGGUUGCUCAGGGAGCGAAUCGCAUGUUAAAUUAAUCGAGUGCCUUUCUCCGCAAUGUUUCUUGAGAUGUCUUGUUGGCUUAGGAAUUUCGGGCCAUUUAGGUUUGUAUUGAUAUGAAAGCGAGAUUUGUUUCAGUGUACAGACCAUAUAAUAUACAUUUUAGACCGUUCAAGCUUCAA